AUGGCUGAAGGCUUUACGGAGGAUCUCUACGCCUUCUACAGACGACCCAACGGCGCGCCCCGAACACCGCGGGAUCCCGAUUCCGGACUGCCCAGCCUCAUUGCAGAUGGCCUUUACAUGCCCAGGUUGGUAUCAGCUUUCCUCUUCGAUCAUACCACCCGUAGUUGGUAG